AUGCGACGAAUAAACGUAGAUACUGUUGUUCCUCCUGUGCAGAUUUCCAAUUGCAUGAUUAUGACACAAGUGGAGACGGGAGACAAGAUACAAAAGUCAUCUACUGGCCAAGAUGUUGUGCGGUUUUUGAAGAGACAUUCUACGGAUCUUCUUCGGCGAUCAGAUACAAGUGUAGAUAAAGCUAGAGAAGCAUCGAAAGGACCAUCAAAAGAUAACGAAAAAGGGGAAGAAUCGUAUCCAUUCAAUCGACUUUCAUUUGAUGUUGGAGUGACAGAAAACAAAAACGGCCAUUAUAGACAGAGUAUGGAGGAUGUGCACACGUACGUGGCGAACUUUGCAGAAAGACUAGAUUGGGGUUACUUUGCGAUCUUUGAUGGACAUGCUGGAAAGCAGACAGCAAGAUGGUGUGGAUCUAAUUUGCAUAAUAUUCUUUAUGAUAAUAUUGUGAGUAAAGAGUCUUUGGAUUUGAGGGAGAACUUGAAUGAGGCUUUUCAAGAGGCUGAUAGUAAGAUUGGACAGCUGAAUGUUGCUGGAUCGAGUGGGUGCACCGCUGCUGUUGCUGUAUUACGAUGGGAGGAAGAGAUUGAGGAGGGAGAAAACGGGGAUGUUGAAGCUGAGGCAGAGGUUGAGCAGAAGGCCGAGCAGGAUGUUGAAGCUGAGGCUGAGGUUGAGCAGAAGACCGAGCAGGAUGUUGAAGCUGCGGCUGAGGUUGAAGAUGAGGCUGAGGGUGAAGAUGAGGCUGAGGGUGAAGAUGAGGCAGAAGAUGAGACCGAAACUGGGGAAACCCAGAAAGACUACAACACCCUCACACCAUUCGACUUUGUGCCCACAAAAAGACACAAACGAAUGCUCUAUACUGCCAAUGUGGGUGAUUCUAGAGUUGUUCUAUGCCGUAAUGGCACUGCCAAACGACUUUCAUAUGAUCACAAAUCUACAGACAUUUGGGAACAACAGAGAAUCGUUAACAGCGGAGGUAUUAUGCUAAAAAAUCGAGUCAAUGGGGUUUUGGCAGUGACACGAUCGCUUGGUGACUGCUAUAUGAAGAAUCUGGUGAUUGGAUCUCCUUAUACUACAGCAACAGAGCUCAAUUCAGAAGACGAGUUUCUGAUCUUGGCAUGCGAUGGAUUAUGGGAUGUGUGUACAGAUCAGGAAGCUGUGGAUAUGAUUAAAGGGGUGGAAGACCCAAAGAAGGCCAGCUCGAUUCUUUGCAAAUAUGCUUUGAACAAGAUUACUACGGACAAUAUUACGGUGAUGGUGGUGAAACUGGACACCAGGGUAUUCCAGUGUAAAGAUAAUGAAUAA